AUGAUAAUUAAUAUAAGUGACUUAUUCUUGAGUUUGAUAGGGGGAAUAAUGAUUGGUGUGGCAUGUAGCUUGUAUUACAUAACAAAAGGAAGAAUAACUGGAAUCAGUGGAAUAUAUUAUGGUGUAAUUACAUUUAAAUGGAAUGAAUUUUAUUGGAAAUUAUCUAUUCUUUGUUCAAUAGUAUUUUCAACAGGAUUAAUGUAUUAAAUAUUUGGGUAUUUUAAAUAAAAUAUUUAAUAGAGAUGAGAGAAUAAUGGAAAGUUCAUCAUUAGCAUUUAAUGAUAUACCUUAGAUUACAAAUUUAUCUAAUACAAUUGCAGGAAUAAGUGGUCUAUUGAUAGGUAUUGGAUCUAAAUUAUGUAAUGGAUGUACAACAGGUCAUGGAUUUUGUGGUCUUGCAAGAAUAUCUUUACGUUCAUUUGUAGCUUUUGGUUUAUUUAUAUUAUUUGGAAUGAUAAGUUGUUUUAUUACUAUGAGUGAACAUUAAGAAAAUGGAUAAGAGAAAUAUAAUUAUAAUCAUGUUUCAAUAAUAAUGAUAGGAUUAAGUUUAGUAUUAUUAUCUGCAACAAUGUUGGGAGCUUAUAUAAAUAAAGAUUAAUUUAUUGAUACAAUUAUUGGUAUACCUGUUGGAUUAUUAUUGGGAUUAGGAGUAGUAUUUUCAGGUAUGAUUAAAAGAACAACAAUUUUAAGUUUUCUUUCUAUUGAAUAAUGGAAUCCAUAAUUUAUAUUUGUUAUUUUAGGUGCAAAUAUAACAUGUUAUUUUGGAUUUAGAUUAUUAAGUAAACCUAUUUUAGAUACAGAAUUUUAAUAUCCAUAUACAAAUAAAGUGACAAAUGUUCUUUUAAUAGGGGCAUCUUUAUUUGGAUUUGGUUGGGGAAUGACUGGAAUCUGUCCUUUAGUUGGAAUUGCUUUAUUUCCAUAAUUUACUUGGUAAAUAGGAUUGAUGUAUUUGGGAUCAGUUUCUAUGGGAAUGAGAAUUGCAUAAUGUUAUUUAAAUAAAUAUUAAAAGGUUGAAGCUUAAGUAAUAUAAAUUAAUAGUAAUAAUUAUAACUACAAAACUGACAAUGAAUAAAAUGAUAAACUUUGA